AUGACUGCACCGCCCAGCAAAGCAAUGCAGGCACCCAAGCCCGGUACCGCAACCCCAUCUGGCAACGCGUCGGCGAGGCUGGAAAAGUCUCAUCCCGGGGUUCGUCGCUCAACGCCUGAUUCAGAGGCAUUGGCGUCUUCCGAUGACGACGGGGAGCAUUCGCAACUUAAUGCAGCAAAUCCGGCCGUGCCUGCACCCAAACCUGCUCGCCGUACUUCGUGGCUCAACGAAGUUCCAACUAAUCUUCCCCGCAAGGCGUCUCUCACCACCGCUAACCCACUAUCCUCUGGGGGCUCGAAUCCUACCAGCCCCGCCACUGACCAGUCUGGCUGGCCUUCAAACACCUCUCCUGGAAUGAGUAGCUCGAUUCAUUGGAAUCACGUCGGAAGCAGUUCGUUUCCAUGGGGCACGGGCAUUUGGAACACCGAAUCUAGGAAAGAACCCCCUCCUCGCCUGUCCGAGAUUGUUCCAUCGCCCACGAUGGCCAAUCCAAACGCCUAUUUCACCGAUGAGCUAUUGAGCCCCACGACUCGUACAACUUCGGGAGACUCGUCUAUCCCAUUCUCCAUUCCUCUUCAUCCCACACCCAAGACAUAUCGCUCGCAGUCAUACUCGGUGGGCCAGAUGGAUCCCGAAUACUUGAGUCUGAUGGCCAACAAGGCCGCGUCGCCCUAUUCCGGCACACGUCCUCGGAACGGCGGCCAAUUUUCCGCGCUGCAGCAUCGUUCCUCCCGGCCGAGCCUACUGGGAGAACUGGGCCACGAUCCUGCUACGCUCGGCCGUGUGCGCGAAGACGACGACGACGAUGCCGGAAGCCCCAGUGGCUCCGAUGGCGGUCUAACUAACUAUACCACGAGCCAGGCCCGCGCCAUCGAGCAGCUUGCCAGAGAGAAUGCCUAUCUUCGACAGGCCGCCGGCCAAUUAGACAGCGGUUUCAGGGAUCGUGCCAUGUCUUCGGCCUCGGCAACCAGUGGAUAUGCAGUUGGCGCUGGCAUGCACAAUGUGCAUCGCAUUCAGGGGAGUGUUCCCGAGGAGGGAGAUCUGGCAAUAGAAGACCUGGAUGAGGUGGGCGACAUCCCCGGAUACAGUAACAUCCACAGCAAUACUCGAAGGAGAUAUUCCGAACAUUCAGGCAAUCUCGAAAAGCAGUUCCCGUCGAUGAACUCCCUGGAAAACCGUGCUCUUGAUAAUUUCAGAAAAGCUCAAUGGCAGACGUCUCUCGGAUUCGGGAGCAUGUCGGACAUUCCCCAGAGCCGACGACACUCCUUCGCGGACAUUCCUAUCCGGCAACCCUCAAUUUCCGGGGAAUCUUCUAGGAACCAGCUUGGAGAUCGGGAAGAAAACUAUACGGGUAUUGGCGAAGGCUCCCUGUCAAAUGCCCAAGGCCAGAACCGUGAGUACCAGCGAUUUCAAAUGGCUCCUCGCUCCGAGGAACAUGAAUUGGAAGCCGAAUAUUUACGAGCUCGUCGAUUUGCAGAAUCCUAUUUUGCUCGCGACCAGGCUCUUCGCGCCGCCGAAGGUGUGUCUGCGGUUCCGACGUCCCUUCACCCGGCCUACACGAUGCCGAAUGCCUACGGUCGCCACCAACCUGGCCUCAUGCACCCUCACCAGAACCAGCUCUUGUAUAUCGUAACGUUCAAAUGUCACCGCGCCGAUGUGUUCUACAUCCAAGAAGACACUGGCCUUCAAGUGAAGGUCGGGGACCUGGUCAUCGUCGAAGCUGACCGUGGCACCGAUCUGGGAACCAUUCAGCAUGCCAAUAUUACCAUGCAGAAAGCCCGAGAACUGAAGCAACAGUACGCGGAAGAGCACUACAAGUGGCUCAUGAUGUUCUCUAGGCAGGGCCAGAACGGGGCGGCGAAUGUCGUCAACACGCCCGGCGGCGUCUCCGGCUUGAGCAGUCGAAGCGCAAUUGGUGGCAUGGGUCCUCAUGGACCGCAUGGGGUGCAGGAGUCUACCGCUGAUAUCAAGCCCAAAUUGAUCAAGAGACUUGCGCAAAACCAUGAAAUUAUGACCCUGCGCGACAAAGAGGGCAACGAAGCGAAGGCCAAGCGAGUCUGCAAUCAAAAGGUUGCUGAACAUCGACUCAAUAUGGAAAUCCUUGAUGCCGAAUUUCAAAUGGACUGGAAGAAGCUGACUUUCUAUUACUUUGCGGAUUCGUAUAUCAAUUUCAACACGCUCGUGACCGAUCUUUUCAAAAUCUACAAAACUCGAAUUUGGAUGUCGGCUAUCAACCCGGCAUCAUUUGUCACUCCCCCGUCUGCCGGGCUGCAGUCUCCCAAUCGCCUUGGAUACGGUCAGGACGUCCCGACCGACCGUUCCCAUCAGCAGGAAAGUAGGGCUUUUGGCCCCACUCGGGAUGGUGUGAAUGCCGGCCGAGAUGCCAUUCCUAAUCCGUUGGGAUUGCUGCGCACUGCCUAUCCAGAAUCGUACCAGCCUUUUACCCAGGGCCCGCGACCGCCUGAAGCUGGUCUCGGUGGACUUGGUUCUGUUGACCCAUUCUCGACGUAUGCCCCGAACGCCUACACCGGCGUUGAACCGGGCUAUGCCGACUAUGCUUCCAGCUCUGGCACAAGCAAUGGCCCUGGUCGUGCCCAUGGUGCUCCGGGCGAAUGGAUGGGUCGUUUCCAGGGCCUGUCACUCAGUGGUUCUUAA